CCGGCUCAUCUAGCUCUCUCUUUGACUGCGAAGCCCCUCCCUCCGCGCGCAUCUGCUCCCGAGUCCCCAGCCCCGUGUUGAGGGGUGCAGCCCCCGGGGUCGUGGCUAGGGGCGCAGGGCCCACGGAGGGGAGGUCCGGGUCGAUGGCGUAGGCAGAGUUGGAGCCCUGGGUUGCCAAAGCGUCGCAGCUGAGAAGCAGGAGCCGAGGCUAGUACCGGCGGGGCGGGGCGGGGCGGGGCGGGGCCGAGAGCGAGCAUCUCCAUCCUCAGUUUCCUCGACUUGCGGCAACCGCACAGCUGGGUGCAGUUCGGACUUCUACGCCUCAGCGAAGGACUUCUGUCCCCCAGGCACCUUCACUAACCCGGUGCGGAGCACUUGGCGACGCCUCCCUGCCCAUCUCAUGUCUCUCGGCUCAUCGCUGCUCUGGGCACCGGCUGCCUCUUGGCUGGCGCUGCUGUCACACGGUGGACUGUUCUGGCCUUACUGAGCUGCCGUUUGGGGACAUCAGAUUCAGGUCGUAUGGGGAGAAACGAGUGUAACUUUACAAGCAAGAAGAAUUGUAUAAAAAUGAAAAAAACAUUGAUGUGUGCUUCAAAUGUGGCAUAAAAAAAUAAGGAUCUCUGAUCAAAAUUGGCUGAGUUCAGAAUUUCAUGCUGGAAGGAAUGUUAGAUGUAACUUCUAAUUUCUAGUUCCAGUAAACAUCUUUUCUUGGAAAAUUUCCAAAAGAGAGUCCUGCUCUGUUGCCCAGGCUGGAGUACAUUGGUGUGAUCAUGGUUCACUGCAGGCUCGACCUCCCAGGCUCAAACAAUUCUCCUACCUCAGCCUCCUGAGUAACUGAGACUAUAGGCCAUUGCAAUUGGUGAUGUUCUCUCAUCUCUCCUCUUUGAAGAAAAAUGUGCUUCUUGAAUCAACUGCAGUCUCUCCUCUACAUAAGAGCUCUUAAGGGUACUAGCAGGAUAGAAGCAAAUGAAUCUGAAAGCUCAUCUGCAGCUCAGAAAAACAAAGACAUGGAAUUUUAAAGAGUGAAGGUAGCAUGGUGUUGGCCAUGGGUGAACAAGACACAGCCGGACAAUGUGGACCAAUUUCUUCAAACUACGGCUUUUCUGCUGUCUGCUUGCAGUGUUGAUGGUGGUGGUGCUGGUCAUCAAUGUUACUCAGGUAGAGUACUUGGACCAUGAGACUGUUUCAGCCACAUUCAUCGACAGCAGUGGACAGUUUCUUUCCUCCCAGGUGACAGGAAUUAGCCGAAAUCCUUACUGCGGCUAUGAUCAGCAGACCCUGUCCAGCCAGGAGCGCGUGGAGGAGGACUCCUUGCUGGCUGCCUUGCACCGACAGGUUCCCGAUGUGGGCCCAGUUCCCUUUGUGAAAAGCACUGACCCUUCUUCUAGCUACUUUGUCAUCUUGAACUCUGCUGCCUUCUUUCAGGUGGGAAGCCAGCUGGAGGUGCUGGUUCAUGUACAGGAUUUUGAAAGGAAGCCCAAGAAGUAUGGUGGAGACUACCUGCAGGCCAGAAUUCACUCCCCCAAGCUGCAGGCUGGGGCUGUGGGCAGGGUGGUGGACUACCAGAAUGGGUUUUACAAGGUUUUCUUUACUUUGUUAUGGCCGGGCAAAGUUAAAGUGUCCAUAUUUCUGGUCCACCCCAGUGAAGGGAUCAGAGUUCUUCAGCGCUUACAGGAAGAUAAACCAGACAGGGUCUAUUUCAAGAGUCUCUUCCGUUCGGGAAGAAUUUCUGAAACUACUGAGUGCAACGUGUGUCUUCCUGGGAAUCUGCCGCUGUGCAACUUUACAGACCUCUACACUGGGGAGCCCUGGUUCUGCUUCAAACCAAAGAAGCUCCCUUGCAGCAGCAGAAUUACCCAUUUCAAAGGUGGAUACCUGAAGGGUCUCCUAACUGCUGCGGAGAGUGCUUUCUUCCAGAGUGGCGUCAAUAUCAAAAUGCCUAUCAACUCCAGUGGACCUGAUUGGGUAACUGUGAUUCCCAGGAAAAAAAAAGAAACUACCAAUCUAGAACUAUCUCAAAGCUCAGGAACUUUUCCUUCUGGGUAUUAUUAUAAAGACCAGUGGAGGCCCAGAAAGUUUAAGAUGCGUCAGUUUAAUGACCCUGACAACAUUACAGAGUGCUUACAAAGAAAAGUGGUGCAUUUAUUUGGUGACUCAACCAUCAGGCAAUGGUUUGAAUACCUUACAACAUUUGUUCCAGAUUUAGUGGAGUUUAACUUGGGUAGUCCCAAGAAUGUGGGUCCCUUCCUUGCAGUGGACCAGAAGCACAACAUCCUGCUCAAAUACCGCUGCCAUGGUCCACCCAUCCGCUUUACAACCGUCUUUAGCAGUGAGCUCCAUUAUGUGGCGAAUGAGCUGAAUGGCAUUGUGGGAGGGAAGAACACAGUGGUUGCCAUAGCUGUAUGGUCUCACUUCAGCACCUUCCCUUUGGAAGUGUACAUCCGGCGGCUCAGGAACAUCCGUCGAGCAGUGGUUCGGCUCCUCGAUCGAAGCCCAAAGACCGUGGUGGUCAUCCGGACGGCCAACGCCCAGGAGCUGGGACCUGAGGUGAGCCUUUUCAACAGCGACUGGUACAACUUUCAGCUGGACACCAUCCUUCGGAGGAUGUUCUCAGGGGUUGGAGUAUAUCUCGUCGAUGCCUGGGAGAUGACCCUGGCCCAUUAUCUACCGCACAAGCUGCAUCCAGAUGAAGUUAUUGUGAAGAACCAGCUGGACAUGUUCUUGUCCUUUGUGUGCCCCUUGGAGACCUAGCCUGGGAGACCUAGCCUGUCUUGGAAGGAACUGGAGGAAUCACAUUCAAUGACCUUCUCAAUUGACCCGAGUUACAGAAAGUGGCCCCAGUGAGAGCUGACUGCCAUUAAUAGGCAUAAAAUUUCAAAAAGAUCUGGACUUUAUAUGAUGACUUACAAGGAGCUUAGAAAAUGCAGGUUACAUUUAUAUCUACCUAUAGGAUUUUAUCUAAUCUUGACUUAGCCAUGGUAGAACUCUUAACAGCAUCUACACACACUGUAUUGCUCUUAUAACCAAAGAUGCUAAUGAGUGUAUUUGAAUUAGCUUCUCCUGGGAGGGUUGAUUACUUUGCUAAAGAGAAUGAAAAAUAUUCUGAUGGAAGGGACAAGUUUGGUUGGUAGUAGAGUGUUUGUAGCUUAUCUGGUAAAGGAAAUGGAGUGCAUCUGCAUGCAUAGCACAAGUAGUCCGUCUUCUGGCGGUUAACUAGAGAAAGCUUAUAGUCAGAGGCUCUUGUGAAUGCAGUGAAGACUGCUGUGUCUCAGGAGUUUCUCUUGAUGAUCUACCUUUUCUGAAUUACUUGAAAAGGCCAGUGUGCUUGGUUCGAGUUUUUUAGUGGGAAUAUUUACAAUUUCCUGCUUUUAUCUAGAAAAGAUCAAAAGGGAACUAUGAAAGCAGUAUAUAUAAAAUCUGUGCUUUGGAAUCGACAUUUGCAUUUGGUGAUUUUUAUUUGAUUCAGCUAAAUUUUAUGCGUUGAAUACUUACUCUAGAAUAACUACUUUUGGAACUGGAAGGGGGAAAUCUGUAAAUGGAAAUUUAUUUUUAUGUUCUGAAAUUUGAGGGUUUUAAGAAUUGACUUUAGUGUAAAGAAUGCUAUUGUAGUAUAAAGCUGUGGAAGUUUUCCCCACCAGUUUCAGGUGUUUUUUUUUUGUUGUUGUUGCUGUUGUUGUUAUUUUGAACUACUUACCACAAUUAGAAUUUAAAAUCUAAUUAGAAAUUAAUAAGCUAUUAAAAUUCAUGACAGUUUUUUUUUUUUUUUUUUGGGUAUUUUUUGAUUUGGGCAUAAAAGGCACACCCAUUCUCUCAUGCUUGGAAGAAGCUGCUAUUCCUAUUGGCUAGCUAAGAAGAAUGGAAUUAUUAAUUUUAUUUGACUUAUUAAUUUUAAAUGAGUUUAGUUAAUUUGGGAUCAUUUAGUAAGUACUCUUUUCUUUUUGAGCUAUGAUAGAUUAUAGUCUAGUUUAAGUUGCUUCUAAGUAGACAGAUGAAGAAACUAGGGAGGCCUUAAAGAGAAAGACAGAUGCUUGAAGUAUGAACGAUAUGUACCCUUAGAAGAAUGGGUCAAAUAAUUUGCAUUUUUAAUUUAAAAUAGGAGGGCCCCAGAUCUUACUUUCCUAUCCUUGAGGAACACCUUCAAGUUUUUAAAGUAUUUUAUGGGGAAAGAAGAUUUUUAAUUGUUUCUGAGUCUAAUGAGGCAAUAAAAUAUAUUAAAAUAGUUUAAUUUUAAUGGUCCUUACGCUUUACGGUACCUAAGGAUCACUUGUAAUAUCUGACAAAAAUGCAGAGUUAAGAGUCAUGGCAGGGUGUGACAGCUCAAGCCUGUAAUCCCAGCACUUUGGGAGGCCAGGCAGGAGGACUGCUUGAGGCCAGGAGUUUGAGACCAGCCUGGGCAACAUGGUAAGAUCUCGUCUCUACAAAAAAUAAAAAAUGAUCCAGGCAUGGGCCGACAGUCCCAGCUACUAGGGAGGCUGAGGCAGGGUGAUUGAUUGAGCCCAGUAGUUCAAGGCUGCAGUGUGUUAUGUUUGCGCCACUACACUCCCGCCUGGGCAAUGGACAAGAGAUCUUAUCUCUAACAAAUUUUGUUAAAUAAUAAAAGAAUUAAGGCCAGGCAUGGUGGCUCCCACCUGUAAUCCCAGCAGGGAUUACAGUCUUGGGCGGCUGAGGUGGGCGGGUUGCUUGAGCCCGGAAGGGGGUUGAGCCUGAGUACCGUGGUGAAACCCCAUCUCUACCAAAAAAUACAAAAACUAGCUGGGUGUGAUGGCACCUACCUGUAGUCCCAGCUACUUAGGAGGCUGAGGUGGGAGGAUCGCCUGAGCCUAGGAGGCAGAAGGUUGCAGAGGUUGCAGUGAGCCUUGAUUAUGCCACUGUACUCCAGUCUGGGCAACAGGGCAAGACCACCCUGUCUCUAGAAAAAAAAAAAAAAAAAGAGGGACCAUGAUGCCUCUGGGAUUUAUGGAACCAACCUUUGUGGCAACUGCUUAGUGAUUCUGAUGCAAUGGUGGUAUUCCACACUGGAAGAAA